AUGUUUCGCUGUCCUUAUGCGCUUCAGCGCACGAUGGCGGCGACUGCUGCGAAUGCACUUGCGAGCGUCACCGUCGACAUGCUCGAAAACUGCGAAGAUGCAGCCGAUAUCGGCGACGGCUACUGCAAUGAAGAUGUCGACACGCCAGAAUGCGGCUACGACGGUGGCAACUGCUGCUCUUGCACAUGCCAGAGCGCGCCGGGUGACGACAUCUUCUCCUGCAGAGGCGGGUACCGCUCAAUCGACUGCCAAGACCCUAGUGCCUCCUGUUUCGGUGAAGGAACUACCGGCGGGAGCGAUGACUUCAUCUUCGGUGAUGACGACCAGUCAAUGUCGUACCAGUUUGUCAACUGGGAAGAGACAGAGUCGUUGCCGACGGUUACCGAUGCUGUCGAGUUGGGCGCCGAGACCGAGGUUAGCGUAUCACCCACCGCCCACGAUGGGCGGUCCGGCAGCAGCAGCGGCGAGGUCGGGUGCGGGGAGGUCGGUGGCCUCGGCUGUACGGCGACCAACACCCGUGAUGGCAUCGUCUCAGACAUCGAGUCAACGUGGUCGUGCGCCACGCACCUCGUGCCUGACGAAGGGCCCUGCCCUAUCAUGUUCACCUUUGCCGAACCCCAGAACAUCGUGGACAUCCAGGUUGCUUUCUGGAACGACAACGAGCGCGUCAGUACCCUGGGGGCAUCACUCGAAGCAGACUUUGAUCUUAAGCGCACGAAAACCUUUCGCCCUCAGGUCCACGUCAACGGUGAGCUGACCCACACGCACUAG